UCAAAUUUUUAUAGAUAUUCCCAAAAAAAGAGGCAUAAUUAGAAAGACAACUAGUUACAUUCUCGCUGCUUCUUCUUCUCAUCUUCCUCCGCCACGUUGCAGGUCAUGUGUUCCAGGCGUGGAAGAAUCAUCUUAGCAUAAAUCCAAAGGGAAGGCUGCUUAUAUUAUAUGCCCGCUCUCCUCCUACCCUAAGGAGCAUCUUCUGCACAGGCAGAGGUCUUGACAUUGGUAAUGGAGUUUAAGAAGCUUCAAGAUAGGUAGUGGAUAGGUAGUGAACUGAUUUGUUUGUGGAUGUGGGGAAAGGUUGGGGAUAGGAGUGAAGUUGUUGCUCUGAUCUGUUCGUUUUAAAAGCUGAAUCCCAUUAAAAUGGGGCGACUGGGAUUGAAGGGCUGUGAUAUAAUGUAUGACAUAUCCCGUUUACAGAGAAAGAGGGUGCACUAUUGCAAUAAUGGUGCAGAGUUUGAGAAUAGUGAUGUUGUUCGUUUUAAAAAACAGAUUAGAAAGACUAAGAAUGUGGAUGAAGACUAUGUACAGUUUUUGAUGCUUCUCUAUAACUAUGAUAAAGAUUCUCAGUCAUACACAAAUGGAGGUGGAAAUGAAGGUUUCACUGUUCCUAGGGAUAGGCUUAAUCAUGAAGAUGACGAGGACGAGGAUGAGGGAGAGUGUGAGGAUGAGGAUGAGAAUGAGGACGAGGAUGAGGAUGACCCAGAAUACAUGAAGUUUUUGGCUAAUGCUAAGCCAAAUGGGAAAUCGUAUGUGGUUAAAAUUGAUAGAGAGGAUGGGUUUCCUGUGUUCAUAGAGUAUGAGAAAGAGGAUGGAUCUGAUGAAGAGUGCGAACUUUCAGGACAGAGAAAACAACAAGAUGAUGGGGAUGCGAAGGAUUUAGGUAAUGUCAGUAGCAAAGAUAAAGUAGAAAGUCAGCCAUUUUCAAGAACUGUCCUGGAAAAUGAUAAUGAUGGAUCAGCAGGAGAUAGCGAUGUGAUAUUUGAGCCUUUUGAUUCUCAGAAAGAAAAGAGGCUUAUGAACCAGAAGCUUAGCACGGGGGAAAAUGGUGCAUUCAAGAGGCGUCGGAAGGGUGAGACAAAGAAUAAGUCAAAUAAGAAGCGUAAGACAGAGAAAGGGAGAAAACCAGCUAAUAUCACUACCAAAGAAGAGGCAUCUGAUGUGGAUGAAGACUAUUCCUUACUUCUGGAGAAAUUUAUAAGCAAGAAUUGGCGCUUGAAAACCUCAUUUAUUAGGAAAUGUAAGGUAAAUGGGAAAAAUGAUGCAUCCAAGAAAAAGAAGAAAAAGAGGCUUACGAGCCAGAAAAAUAGCAUGAACCAAAAUGAUGCAUCCAAGAGGCAUGGAAAGGAUGAGAAAAAGAAGAGGUCAAGUAAAGAGAAGACGACUCGAAAAGGGAGAAAAUCAGCAAAUGUCACUGUCAACGAAGAGGUAGCGGGGGCAAAAUCAGCAAUUGUCCCUGUCAAAGAAGAGGUAGCUAAUGUAGAUGAAGCUUCAUUUAAAAGUGGUCAUGAUUUUGAAAGCAAAGCUGCUGAAGAAGAUCUUGAAAUACUUGUUAAUGAUAAUGGUAAAUUUGGGAAAGAAGGAAGCUCUAGUCUCAUGCAAGCUUCUUCAACUAAACACUAUGAAAGUGUUGAGGAUACCUGCCCAACGGAAACUGUGCAUUCUGAUUUCUGGCGGAAAGUCAAGGCUCUUCUUGAGAAGCCUUACGAUCAAAAGGAAUAUAUAGGACUGUGGAAAGCUGUCAAAAGUAAAAAGUUUACUGAAAGGAAUAUGGACUUGCGUAAUGGGGGAAUAUCUUACCCGACAAGGAUAAUGGGAAAAUCAUAUUUGGACCACUAUGAAGACCUUCAUGAAAGACUUAAAGAAGUUGACGCCGACAACAGAAAAAAGUUAUACAUCUUGCGCGGCUUUUUCUUUUGGUUACAGAAUCUCACACAGGAAGGAGCCUUCAGGCCUUGGACCAAUCCGGAGUGGCUUUCAUUGGUGGCUAAAUCUAGCUAAAAGCCAUGUGUUGUACUUAUUCUGAUUAAUCAAGUCAGGACAAUCUGGUGGAAAAUCUUACUGAAUUAUGCCAUGGUGAAGUCAGAACUUAUACGGUCAUUAUCCGUUUUGUUAUAUUUUAGUAAGAUAUUGAAGUCCAUGUAUCAUACAGGGGGAAAAAAGAGUGGAUUAUCCUGCUAUUUUUGUCCUUUUUCUGGGGGCUAAGAACAUUUUAGUACUCUUCUGGAAGAUUUCCCACCCCUCGCAGCCUGGUAUAAUCCCCUGGAAUUUUGUUAUAUUAAACUGGCUAUUGUUGAUUUACCUGUAGUUACUAUUUAGAAAGGAUGUAAAGGGAUUUGAGGUCAAUGUAUGCGAAGAAAUUGGGUGAAAUCUUCAUCUACUUAUAUCUGUUCUUCUU